AUUGUGAAAAAUAAAAUGAAGAAUUUGAAAGCAUGUGAUCAGAGAAAAUUUUUGUAGGUGGUAAUAGCGUUUAUAACUUAAAAGUGUCGUAUAAGAAUCGUGGAAGCAUUCGUCACAUUAUAGACACUUUCAUUUGCAAAAUGGCGCAUUUCAAUAAUUCAUGGUUAUGGAUUAGUAUUUUAAUGCUUUAUGUGGCAAAGUAGAUAGUGUAGCAGCAGUCACUGACUUACUAUUGGAUUAGUUUAAUAUUUUCAUAUAAUUAAUUUCUUUACUAUGUCCGGAAAAAUGCGUGCUAAGCAAGAUAAAUUAGAUGAUAUCAUUGCCUAUAGUGAAGUAGCAGUAAGAAAUAAUGCUGCCGUUGUUGAAUAUUGUAGGAUAUCAAUGGCUGCUCUUUCAGGUGGUACAGCAGGUCUAUUAGGUCUUACUGGAUUUUAUGGAUUUGGAUUUUAUAUUUUUGCCAUAUUAAGCUUAUGGGGUAUGUUGCUGAUGAAAGCAGGUGGGCAGUGGAAAAAAUAUUUUAUUAGUAGACGAAGUUUAUUAACAAAUGGAUUUUUUGGUGGUCUUUUUACAUACGUAUUAUUUUGGACAUUUCUUUAUGGAAUGGUACAUGUCUAUUGAAAUUAUAAAAAAAUUCAGAAAUGUUCAAUUACAAGUCAAUGACACUGCUAUAUAUUUAUACCAGUUAUGUAUGAAUAAGUUAUGCUUAUACAAAUUUGCAUCACAUUAUUAUGACCAAAUAAAUUAUACAAAAAAAUUUAUUA